AUGUCGGGCAUUGCGCCAUGCACCAACCGCGCUGAAGAAGUGCAAAAUCUUCUGAAAGCAGUGGAAGACCUUCUCAUCCCAUUCAUUCGAUCCGCAGACGAGAAUCCCCGCGUGUCCUCAAAAAAGAAUGGUGCCAAUGGACAUACCGGCCUGGCAGGAACAUCGCUGGUAGACUACAAGAAGCCCGAAGAGCUGCGGGACAUUCUCCAGCUCGAUAUCCCAGAAAAGGGCACAGGGCAGGAAGGUCUGAUCGAGACUCUCCAGAAGGUUCUGCAAUACUCGGUCAACACCUGGCACCAAGGAUUCUUGGACAAGCUCUAUGCGUCAACCAAUGCCCCCGGUGUCGCGGCAGAGCUCAUCCUCGCUACCUUGAACACCAAUGUACACGUCUACCAAGUUUCGCCUGCGCUCACUGUGAUUGAGAAGUUUACUGGCCAGCGGUUGGCGAACCUCUUUGGAUUGAACGGCCCGCGGGCAGGAGGUAUCUCAGUCCAGGGAGGGUCAGCAUCGAACACUACAUCUAUUGUCAUUGCGCGCAACAACCUCUACCCGAGCACGAAGUCGGACGGUAAUGGCGGUUACAAGUUCGUGCUCUUCACCAGCGCCCAUGGCCACUACAGUGUAGAAAAGGCAGCGCAGAUGCUCGGAUUUGGCAGCAGUGCUGUCUGGCCCGUUCCAAUUGACAAUGUAGGCCGGAUGAUUCCAGCCGAACUAGAAAAACUGGCCCAGAAGGCCCAAAGCGAAGGUCGGACACCAUUCUAUGUCAAUGCUACUGCGGGUACAACGGUCUUGGGCUCUUUCGAUCCUUUCAACGAGAUUGCUGCGAUCUGUCAGAAGUAUAACAUGUGGUUCCACAUCGACGGAUCCUGGGGUGGCUCAUUUGUCUUCUCCGAGCGACAAAAGCAUAAGCUGGCCGGCGCAGAGAAGGCGAACAGUAUCGCCAUCAACCCGCACAAGAUGCUCGGCGUGCCUGUGACAUGCUCGUUCCUGCUCGCAUCGGACAUGCGCCAAUUCCACAAGGCGAACACCCUUCCUGCUGGGUAUCUGUUCCAUAACGAAGACACUGAACCUACUGCAAACGGCGAUGGAGAGUCAGAAUUGGAAAUUGAAUCGCCGGAAGUGUGGGAUCUGGCAGACCUCACUCUUCAAUGUGGCCGCCGUGCAGAUUCCCUGAAGCUGUUCUUGGGCUGGACAUACUACGGUAGCGAGGGAUACGAGCAGCAGAUCGACACGGCAUGCGACAUCGCCGCACACUUGGCUAGCACCAUCGACCAACAUCCCGAUUUCACUCUUAUCAGCGAGAACCCCCCGCCUUGUCUGCAGGUGUGCUUCUACUACACACCGGGCAAAGAGUUCGUCUACCCGCGCGGCGUUGUCUCGAAUGAAGCACAGCGCGCGAAGAACAACAGUAAGGUCACUGAGCAGGUUACUCAUGCUAUUGUACCCAAGGGCUUCAUGGUGGACUUUGCGCCUCCCAGUGGCGAUGACGAUGCUGUUGGAAAUGGAAAGUUCUUCCGUUGCGUGGUGAAUGUCCAAACAACCACUGAGACUGUCGAUUCACUCGUCCACGCCAUUGAAGAAGUGGGCCCUGGCAUUGUUGAGGGAUUGAAGGCUGGUAACUCGGCCGUCCCUCAAAAGCGGCUUGGUGAACAUGGACAUGGGCCUGUGGUCCAUCGUUCCUGA